AUGGCGGAGAGUGCUGUGAAAUUCUUAUUGGAGAAGCUCUCUUUUUUGUUGGAGGGAGAGGUGAAACUACUAACUGGGUUUCGAGAAGAGGUUGUUUCUCUUAAAGCUGAGCUUGAAAGUAUGAAGGCUUUUCUACGUGUUGCGGAUGCAGUGGAAGAUGAAGAUGAAGAAAUCAAAGUUUGGGUUAAGCAGGUCAGAGAUGCCAGUUUUGACGCAGAAGACAUCCUUGAUGCAUACUUCUAUCGAUUUGCAGAGCAACAUCAAAAACGUCAUGGAUUCUACGGACGUCUGUUUAAAAUAGCUCACACUAUCAAGACACUAAAAUCUCGCUAUCGGAUUGCUUCUGAAUUGCGAAGCAUUAAAUCCAGAGUAUCCGAUAUUUCUAGCAGGCAUGAGAGGUAUCGGUACAAAUCAAAUAUUCUACCGGAGGAAGGUUCGAGCUCAAGUACUGGUAGACAAAGCGCUCUAUACGAGCUACGUCGAGAUGAAGCCCUUCUACUGGAAGAAUGGCAACUAGUUGGCAUUGAGAAACCCAAACAAGAGCUUGUUAGUUGGCUUCUCAAGGAUGAAGUCUCCAAUGUCCAAGUUGUUGCAGUGGUAGGAAUGGGAGGGUUAGGCAAAACCACUCUUGUCAAUCAAGUCUAUAGAUAUGACAAAGUCAAGCAACGAUUCCAACACCGUGCUUGGAUUACUGUUUCCCAAUCAUUCGAUAUACGGAAGCUUCUUGUAAAAAUAAUUGAACAACUCCUAAGAGGGAUCGCACAGCCAAUUCCGAAUGAAACAUAUUCCAAGGAUAUACUUUCUCUGAAGCAAGACAUAAUUUGUUUCCUUGGUGAUAAGAAGUACUUGAUUGUCUUGGAUGAUCUAUGGAGUGUGGGCUCAUGGGAUAAUCUCAAAAACGCAUUUCCUCAAAACAAUCAUGGCAGUCGAUUAAUGGUCACAUCUCGCAUUGUUGAAGUAGCCUCCGCAACUUCGACAGAUCAUUUUGGAGGUUAUACCUUUCCGCUAAAGCGUUUGUCUUCUGAAGAAUCAUGGAAUCUUUUUUGUGCUAGAACCUUCCACGGAAAGUCAUGCCCUCACCAUUUAGAGGAUAUUUCUCAAGACAUCUUAAAAAGAUGCAUGGGAUUGCCUCUUGCAAUUGUCGCAGUUAGUGGUGUCUUGGCCACAAAAGACACUAAUAAAAUAAGCGAAUGGCAAAUAUUUAGACGCAGCUUUGAGGCUGGAUUUGACAACAAUGACAAGCUUAAGAACGUGAAAAAGAUACUUUCCCUUAGUUUCAGUGAUUUGCCUUAUCUAUUGAAAUCAUGUUUCUUGUAUCUAAGCAUGUUUCCAGAAGAUUGGCGGUUUAAAAAGUUUUUCAUCAUCAGGCUAUGGAUCGCGGAAGGUUUCAUUCGUGAAAUGAAAGAUAUGACAUUAGAAGAAGUUGGAGAGUUGUAUUUUAAUGAGCUUUGUAAUAGAAGCCUGAUCCAAACAGCUGUGGACGAUAUUGAUGAAAAUUUCAAAUAUUUUGUACUCCAUGACCUCGUACGAGAAAUUGUCCUUCAAAAAUCAAAAGAUCAAAAUUUUGCUACAAUAAUCAGCGAACAAAAUCCAGUACUGCAGGAACCAGCUAGGCAUUUAUCGGUGUCUACAACAUUGGAGAAUUUUCGGGGAGGCCACAACUUUUCUAGAGUUCGCACCUUGCUCCUUUUUGGAAAAAAUUGUUCCAUUUCUAGCAUUUCCUUUUCUGAACUUUUCAGUAAAUAUGGCAGGUUAAAGCUUCUCAAGGUGUUGGAUUGUCAAGGAUUACCUUUGGACACGUUUCCUGAGUGCAUCACCAAACUAUACAAUUUGAGGUAUCUAAGCUUGUCGGGUACCAAGGUGGCAUCACUUCCACGCACAAUUGGGUGGCUUCGGAACCUUGAAAUGUUAAAUCUUGAAAACACUUUAGUUGAAGAGUUGCCAGCUGAGAUAUUGCAACUCCAUCGCCUUUUCCUUGUGAGAGCACUUCUGUACAUUAAUGAUAUUGGUUCUGCAUUCAUCAAAUAUAAAGGUGUUCGUGUGCCAAAAGAUAUCGGAAAUUUGAACUUCUUGCAAGACCUUGGAGUAAUUCGGGCAAGUGAAGGUGGGCUUGAAUUAAUGCGAUCCCUAGGAAAUUUGAAGCAACUGAGGACUUUAGGCAUUCAACAAUUAGAAGCAGAACAUGGAGCUGCAUUAUGCUCAUCAAUAGAGAAGCUGAGUUACCUUCGUGAGCUAAUUAUGGAAGCAAGAGAAGAAGCUGAAAUCCUUGAAGUACAGAAUAUAUCAUCACCUCCUCAAUGCCUUCAACGGUUGCUUAUGUGUGGACGUUUGGAGAUGCUUCCACAAUGGGUGCCUAGGCUUUCAAGUUUGGUAUUAUUACUGCUGAGGUGGAGUAAGUUACGACUUGAUCCGCUUCAAUCUCUUCAAGCUUUGCCCAAUCUACAAAUGCUUAUAUUUCAGAAAGCUUAUGAUGGAGAAGAGUUGUGUGUUAAAGCUGGAGGUUUCCAAAAUCUCAAACGUUUAGCAUUUUAUUGUUCAAGCGGAUUGAGAAAAGUGACGGUAGAACAAGGGGCAAUGCCAAAACUUCAGGAGCUAUGGUUGGAAGACUGCACACUAUUAGAGGAAGUUCCAUCGGGUGUUGAAUUUCUAGCUUGCCUGAAUACACUUGCUAUCAUCAAUAUGGGUGAUCAGUUGCUGUCAAAACUGGAUCGAAGCAGUCAAGAUUCGGACUUUUCAAGAGUCAAGCAUGUGCCAAAGGUUUACAUCGUUAAUCGAACUCUUGAUUUGGAAGGGUUAUCACUGAUCAGAAAUCCAUUAGAAUGCAAUGCUGGUGUUGGAGAUUUGCAAUAG